AUGGCGAGUUUGGUUGAGAGGCUGCGCGUUCGCUCAGAUCGGCGGCCAAUUUACAAUCUAGAUGAUUCAGAUGACGAGUCUGAUUUUCUGAAGAAAAAAUCCGGGACUGAUCCUUCGUCGGGCAAAUUUGAGAAAUUUGAACGGCCUGAUGCGAAGGAUGACUCAUGCCAAGCUUGUGGAGAAGAUAAAGAUCUUUUGAGCUGCGAAACAUGUACUUAUUCAUACCAUCCCAAGUGUUUGCUGCCCCCUCUGAGAAGUCCUUUCCCUAGCAGUUGGAAAUGUCCAGAAUGUGUUGGGCAUCUCAAUGAGCUCGAAAAAAUACUCGACUGUGAGGUGCGGCCACAUGCUGCAAAUGACAGUGAUGCGUCUACACUGGGAUCGAAUCAAGUUUUCAUGAAACAUUAUUUAAUAAAGUGGAAAGGAUUGUCCUACCUCCACUGCUCAUGGGUACCUGAGACAGAAUUUGUAAAGGCGUAUAAGUCGAAUCCCCGUUUAAGAACAAAAGUGAACAACUUUCACAGACAAGCUUCUUCAUCAACCAACGGCGAGGAUGAUUAUGUUGCUAUCAGACCAGAUUGGACAACGGUGGAUCGGAUUAUUGCUUGCAGGGAAGUAGAUGAAGGAAAAGAAUAUUUUGUGAAAUGGAAGGAGCUUUCAUAUGAUGAAUGCUCCUGGGAGUUGGAAUCAAGCAUUGCGUCAUUCCACAAAGAAAUUGAGAAGUUCAACAAAAUGCAGUCUCGACAUAAAAAGGGAUCUGCAGAAAAACAAAAAAGUGAUUUUCUUGAUUCCAUGGAUUUGAAGAAAAAACAGAAAGAGUUUCAACAAUAUGAAAAGAGCCCUGAGUUUCUCUCUGGAGGUUCAUUGCAUCCAUAUCAGCUUGAAGGGUUGAACUUCUUGCGUUUUUCUUGGUCCAAGCAGACACAUGUGAUACUUGCGGAUGAGAUGGGACUUGGUAAAACAAUACAGAGCAUUGCCUUUUUAGCAUCCCUUUUUGAGGAAAGUUUGUAUCCUCAUCUUGUGGUAGCUCCUCUAUCAACAUUGAGGAACUGGGAACGUGAAUUUGCCACAUGGGCUCCUCAACUGAAUGUUGUAAUGUAUGUUGGCACUGCCCAAGCACGGACAGUCAUCCGAGAUUAUGAGUUUUUCUAUCCCAAAAGUGACAAGAAGAGCAAGAAAAAGAAAUCUGGUCAAACAAUCAGUGAAAGCAAACAAGAUAGGAUAAAAUUUGAUGUCCUCUUGACAUCUUAUGAAAUGAUCAACAUGGACUCAUCAUCAUUGAAACCCAUUAAGUGGGAGUGCAUGAUUGUCGAUGAAGGCCAUCGUCUUAAAAACAAGGAUUCAAAGCUGUUUUCUUCUCUGAAACAGUACUCUAGCAGACAUCGUGUCCUCUUGACUGGAACCCCUCUUCAGAACAACUUGGAUGAACUUUUCAUGCUUAUGCACUUUCUUGAUGCUGGGAAGUUUGGAAGUUUAGAAGAUUUCCAGGAGGAGUUCAAGGAUAUCAAUCAAGAGGAACAGAUAUUGAGGCUUCAUAAGAUGUUGGCCCCUCAUCUACUGAGGAGGGUGAAGAAAGAUGUCAUGAAAGAAUUACCUCCUAAAAAGGAAUUAAUUUUGCGUGUUGAAUUGAGUAGCCUGCAAAAAGAGUACUACAAAGCUAUAUUAACUCGUAAUUAUCAGAUACUAACUCGCAAGGGAGGAGCUCAGAUUUCUCUUAUUAACGUGGUCAUGGAACUCCGCAAGCUCUGUUGUCAUCCCUUUAUGUUGGAAGGAGUUGAGCCAGAAGAUCCUAAUGAGUUCAACAAGCAAUUCUUGGAAGCUUCAGGAAAAUUACAACUUUUGGACAAGAUGAUGGUGAAACUUAGAGAGCAGGGCCACCGAGUUCUGAUAUAUACUCAAUUUCAGCAUAUGUUGGACUUACUAGAAGAUUACUGUAAUCAUAAGAAAUGGCAAUACGAAAGGAUUGAUGGUAAAGUAGGUGGAGCAGAAAGACAAAUUCGAAUAGACAGGUUUAAUGCUAAGAAUUCAUCAAGGUUUUGUUUUCUGUUAUCCACUAGAGCUGGAGGCAUUGGAAUAAACCUCGCUACUGCAGACACCGUAAUCAUAUAUGAUAGUGACUGGAAUCCUCACGCAGAUCUUCAGGCAAUGGCAAGAGCUCAUCGCCUUGGUCAAACCAAUAAGGUAAUGAUCUACAGGCUCAUAACACGAGGAACAAUUGAAGAAAGAAUGAUGCAGAUGACUAAAAAAAAAAUGGUUUUGGAGCAUCUAGUUGUAGGGAAGCUCAAAACACAAAACAUUAAUCAGGAAGAGCUAGAUGACAUCAUACGGUACGGUUCACAGGAGCUGUUUGCUGAUGAUAAUGAUGAAUUGGUAAAAUCUCGACAAAUUCGUUAUGAUGAUACGGCAAUUGACAGAUUGCUUAAUCGUGAACAAAUUGGAGAAGAAGAGGCUUCAUUGGAAGAUGAAGAGGAGGAUGGAUUUCUGAAAGCCUUUAAGGUAGCUAACUUUGAGUAUGUAGAAGAAGCAGGACGGACAGAGGAAGACACUCCUGUAGCACCAGAGGAAAUUAAAAUGUCAGUAAACAAUUUUGAACGAGCAAACUACUGGGAAGACCUGUUACGUGAUAAGUAUGAAGUGCACAAGGUUGAAGAAUUUAAUUCUAUGGGCAAAGGAAAGAGAAGCCGCAAACAGAUGGUAUCUGUCGAAGAAGAUGAUCUUGCUGGUUUGGAAGAUGUGAGUACUGAUGGGGAAGAUGAUAACUAUGAAGCUGAUUUAACUGAUAAUGAAGCAGUUUCAACUGGAGCUGCAUCUACUAGAAGACCUUACAGAAAAAGAACUCGUGAUGCUUCCGAAAAACUUCCUUUGAUGGAGGGAGAAGGGAAAUACUUGCGAGUAUUGGGGUUUAAUCAUGCUCAGAGGGCUAUUUUCGUUCAGCUUUUUAUGAGGUUUGGAACGUCAAGAAAUGGUUGGGGGGAAUAUGAGAAACGCCUAAAGCAGAAGACUCCCGAGGAAAUUAAAGAGUAUGGGAUGCUUUUCGUGAAGCACUUAGCCGAAGGAGAGAGUGGUUCACCCACAUUUUCAGAUGGUGUGCCCAAAGACGGACUAAGAGUAGAUGAUGUACUUGUCAGGUUGGGAACACUAUCACUCAUCAGGGACAAAUUGGAGGCUUUGUCAAAGGGUUCUGUCCUUUUCACGGAUGAUAUUUUAUCGCGCUACCCAGGACUGAAAGGAGGAAGGUUUUGGAAGGAGCACCAUGAUCGGGUGCUGCUGCAAGCAGUAAGGAAACACGGUUUUGGAAGAUGGCAAGCAAUUGUUGACGACAAGGAAUUGAAUAUACAAGAAGUUAUCUGCCAAGAGCUGAAUCUUCCUUUUGUCAAUACCCCUGGCAUAGGAGCUCCAUCACAGAAUUCUGCUUCAGCAACUUCUCAGGCACCAGCCUCUACUUCUGGUGUUUCUCAACUGCAUAUUCCUACUUCUGGUUCAUCUGAAUCACAAAAUGGUAUCAACUUGGAACAUGUUGAAGCCCCUGGAAAGGAAACUACUGAUGCCGGAGCAGAUGUUACGCACGGAGCCCUUAAUAACAGUACUGGCCGAGCGCAACUUGUGCAAGAUCAGACAGUGAUGUUUCAUUUUAGGGAGAUGCAGAGAAGACAAGUUGAAUUUAUUAAGAAAAGGGUGCUACUUUUAGAGAAGGGGCUUGUGGCGGAAUUCGAGAAAAUAUAUUCUGAUAGUGAAAGCGAAGACGACGUUGCAAACAAUGAUAUAGGGCACAAGGCCACAGAGGUAAAGAAUUCGAGUUUUAAGGCAUCAGAUCCCGCAAUGGUUGCGCAAUUUCCUCAAGUUGAAACAAUUUCUCCUGGAGAAAUUUCAGCAUUUUCUUGCGACAAAGACACACAUCGACUUGAUAUGGCCAGGCUGUAUAAUGAGAUUAACAUAAUAACCUCAGAUAAUGCCUCAGCAGAUGCAGCUCCAAGUUUGAAACUAAAGAGGAAUCUCGAAACCCUUGAAACAUUUAAUCAAGAGAUUAACAAAAUACUCUCACCAGUCCAGCAGAUUUCUCCUCUGGCAGGGGCCGUGCCUCAAGUUGCACCAACUCAGAGCGGUCAACAAGUCGGCAACUUGGCUGGAGGAUCAUCAUCAAAUGGAGCAACUGUUGAUGUCGAGAUGAAGGAUAGCACCUGA